UUUCCCACCAGCGCAUCAUGGAAAAAUCGGUCCGUACGGCAUACAAGAAGCUCAUCAAGCUUGCGCAGAGCCUUCCUGCCGAGCAAAAGCCCGUGGCGCUGGAUAAGGUUCGCCAUGAGUUCCGGUCCCAUGGCGUUAUCACAUCCUCUGACCAACUGGACAAGAUUGUGAUGAAGGCUCAGUCCAAAAUCAGCUACCUAAAAAUCGUGACGCCCAAGCGCGCUCCUCAAACGAGUCCACAACGAUACAUCUACAAAGACGGGAAACGAUUGGACCCAGGCUGCAUCGAUCAGAGUACCAACGCAACCAUCAAGACGGUCGACUUCAAUGCCAUGAUGGAGCGUCAUGUCAAGUUGGUCCGUCGACAGCAUUUUAUGGAUCGAAAGUAGAGGUUGCUACAUUCUUGGUCAAGUCAUUUCUGCCUUGAGCACUGA